AUGACUUUCAGCUUUGCUUCUAUCGUUCUUCUCUCUCUUGCCUCAACAUCUUUAGCAGCUCCACUUGUUAAUACCAUAGCGCCUUCUAACACAACAAUAGAACAGAUGGCGGCAAAUAGCACAAACUAUGCCAACACUACGUUAGAACAAAUGGUAGCCGAUCCCAGUAAUUACGCCGAUACUACAGCAGAGCAGAUGCCAGUCAAUACCACCAGUACCACAGCAUUAUCUCUUUUAACCAGCGAUGUCGCCGCCUCAGCUGGUCCCGUCCCGAGCACAAAAACUGCUUUCACAGGCGACGGCAGUCCAGCAGCCGGAUGGCCAACAAUAGACAAAUGGGCAACCUUCUCCACAAUCCUAUCCAACAACCUCCCCUUCCUCCAGACGUCCUGCUCCCAAUUCGCCCAACCCAAUAACUCCCCCACCGAAAUAGCCGCCCUCAGCACCGCCAUCCAGUCCAUCUCCAACCUUACCGCCAUCGACCCCCGCUUCAUCCUCGCAGCCGUAAUGCAAGAAUCCAAAGGCUGCGUGCGCGUCCCCACCACGCAGUCGCCCUCCAAUAACAUCAUGAACCCCGGGAUCCUACAGUCCCACAACGGGGCAAAUAGCUGUUUCGGCGUCUCUCCGUGUCCGCCGGAGAAGAUCCUGGGUAUGCUUAGUGAUGGGGUGGCGGGCACGGCAGGCGGGGACGGGCUGCAGCAGACGCUGGCGCAGGCGAAGGGGUCGGCGGUGGGGGCGAGGGAUGCGCAGGCUGUUUAUAUUGCGGCGAGGAUUUAUAAUACGGCGGGAUUUACGAAGGGGCAAGAUUUAGGGGGCGGGAGCACGGCGAGUUAUGCCAGUGAUGUUGCGAAUCGGUUAUUGGGGGUUGUGUUUUGA